AGGCUCCCUAGAAAAUGGGUGAUUGGGGAUUCCUGCAGAAGCUGCUGGACCAAGUCCAGGAGCACUUGACCGCGAUCGGGAAGAUCUGGCUCACCGUGCUCUUCAUCUUCCGCAUUCUCAUCCUGUGCUUGGCCGGGGAGUCCGUCUGGGGGGACGAGCAGUCGGACUUCGAGUGCAACACCGAGCAGCCAGGCUGCACCAAUGUCUGCUAUGACAAAGCCUUCCCCAUCUCCCACAUCCGUUACUGGGUGCUCCAGUUCCUCUUUGUCAGCACCCCAACGCUGAUUUACCUCGGCCAUGUUGUCUAUCUCUCCCGGAAGGAGGAGAAGCUGAAGCAAAAGGAGAGCAAGCUCCGGGCAAUCCACAGCAAGGACCCAAAGAUUGAGCAGGCCCUGGCAGCUGUGGAGAAGAAGAUGUCCAAGAUCUACAUGACGGACGAUGGGCGGCUCGAGAUCCGUGGGGCACUGAUGUGGACGUAUAUUAUCAGUGUGAUCUGCAAGAGCAUUUUUGAAGCUGGCUUCCUUGUCGGCCAGUGGUACCUGUAUGGCUUCUCCAUGGUGCCCCGCUAUGUGUGCAAGAGGGACCCUUGCCCCCACCAGGUGGACUGCUUCAUCUCCCGCCCUACUGAGAAGACCAUCUUCAUCAUCUUCAUGCUGGUGAUGGGCCUGAUCUCCUUAAUCCUGAACCUCCUGGAGCUUUUCCACCUCUGCUUCAAGAUCAUGCUUAGCAACAUCAAGAAGGUGUCGGGGCCAACCACCCUGAGCCAGGACACCUUUGCUGAUGACAUGGUCUCAGGUCCCUAUGCCCCCAAGCAUUACCCUUUCCUGCCCAUGGCUGAGAGCCACACAACAUCCUACCAAGCCUACAACAAGCUCUCCAGCGAGCAGAACUGGGCCAACUUCCGCAAUGAGGAGAACCUGGUGCUGGGCAGCAGACCCUUGUCAGACCCCUAUGCCCCCAGGGCUGCUGAAGCCCCUGCCCCAGAGGACAAGCUGUGCAGCCGGCCUGGGAGCUCAGCCUCCAAGAAGCAGUAUGUCUAGUGCUG